AGGCGGGUAAUUUGAACGUUUGAAGACACAAACUUCCCAGUUGGCGCGAGCCUUAGUAGGCGACUGUGGCGGAUCCUGAGCUCGACCGUAGACAUGUCGGAGCGGCGGACACGAUCCGGAGGGGCCGCCCAGCGGUCUGGGCCCAAGACUCCACUUACUAAGCCUUCGAAGUCGUCCAAGCGGAAAUCUGGCUCAGAUCUCCCGAACACGUUCCCAGAAGUCUGGCCGAGGACAACUCCAGCAGCUCCAGUCAGAAAGGCCAUCAUCUUGAAGAAGAUCGUAGCUCAUGCAGUAGAGGUCCCAGAAGUCCACACGCUUCGCAGGAGUCCUAGGAUCUCUUUUAUCUUGGAAAAAGAAAACCACCCUCCGCUCAAGGUGCCCACUAAAGAGGACCUCUUCAAGACUUGUACUGUCCCUGGUACCCCCUCCAGUACCCCCGUGCUAUACACUCAGAAUGCUGACUCGAACUCUGGAGAAGUGGAGCUGGACACCAGAGACUUGGAAAUGUCUCAGAAAGUCAGGCGGUCAUACAGUCGGCUGCAGAGCCUUGGAUGUGCCCCAACCUCCACCCCUGGCCGCCGAUCCUUUUUUGGCUUUGAGGGACCUGAAGACUUGCCUGGAGUUUCACCUGUCGUAUGUUCAAAGUUAAUCGAAACCCCAAAGGUACCUGUGAAGCACUUGGUUCCAGAUAGAACGCUUCCUGGAAUCUCUCCUCCAGUUGUGAAAGAGAAACGAAAGAAGAAGGUUCCUGAGAUAACGAAAUCAGAGCUGGAUAAGUGGGCUAUGGCCAUGAAUGCUGAAUUUGAAGCUGCUGAGCAGUUUGAUCUUCUGAUUGAAUGAGAUGAGCUGGGAUGCCAGUCACUGAAUGGGAUGAGCUGGGGUGCCAAUCAUUGAAUGGGAUGAGCUGGCUGCUUCUCCCCUCUUGCUGUACAUAUUGCCCUUUGAGUAGAGCAGGACAUAGAAUCCUCUUCAGUUGCCUUGUUACCCACGAAGGUGUGGGUGGCCCCUUGUGUCUAGUUGCCCUGGACUUUGUACCUCAACAAUGUUGGAUGAGAAGCUACUUGUGCUGUGAGCCGGAACUUUGAGAAACAGGUUUAGCCAUACAUAGGCUGUCUCUGCUGUGGCGUCCAAGACACCGACCUAAAGAGGUUUUGUGCUGUGCUUUGGAGUUUUUCGAGUUGAGAGAACACAAAGGCCGGGGAGACAGUUGAUGCUUGAGAGUGGAUCAUCUAGACAUUGAGUCUGUGCAGUCCAGGAUAUGAAAGGAGAAGGGAGGCAUAGAUGGUUUUUAACACAGUGACUGUUAUGUGGGAACUGGUCCUUGUCUGUGCUCUGCUGUUGACUUUUGUGAAUGGGGUACACUUGAUAGUGUGGGUCUCAGAUGUACCAUCAUCGGAAGGUUUAUAUUCUGCUUGAACUCUUUCCUCACCCACGUCUGUCUCUUUAAACACAAGCUUCGUUGUCUCAGCUCUGGACAUCAUGUCACAACAUCUCUCAAGUGCUAGACAGAGCACUGAUGGCAGCUUUGGUUGUGAGCUUAAAACUACUGAGACCAUUCCCAGGGGCUUGCUGGGAACAAAAGUGGAUGUAUCAUGGUUUCUGAGGUUCCUUCCUGCCUACUACCUCCUCUCAAUUAUGGUAAAAGCUAUGGUUUAAAGGCCAUUGGACUUCCAACAUUUACAAGUUCAUGGGAAUAAAAGCUGUGGCAAAUGAGAACUCAAGUAAGCACCUGUUCUACCAGGAUGGUUUUAGUGGAACACCCCUGCAGGAUUUGUCCUCACCUAUUCUGCUGAAUUGCUACCAUCACUACAGACCUGUCUGCUGUUGAGGAUUUAAUGCACAGCCUUAAGGAAAAGAUGGCUUAAUUUCAAAUAAACUUUUUAGAAGUUUC